AUGAUCUCAUUCAGUGGAAAUCGCCUUCAAUGGACGGAAUUCUGGGAUUCUUUUCGAAGUGCGAUACAUGAAAAUGACAAGCUUUCUCCUAUUGAUAAAUUUAAUUAUUUGAAAGGAAAAAUAGUAGGUGAAGCUAGAAGUGCCAUUGCUGGGCUGACAUUAUCAAAUGAGAAUUAUGAUAUAGCUAUUCAUAUUCUUCGUGAAAGAUUCGGUGACCUCCAGGAUAUAAUUGAUUUACAUUACAAAGGUAUAGUGAAUAUCUUACCACCGAAGAAUAAUACAGAAGGAUUAAGAUUCUUUUUCGACAAGAUUGAGCGUCAUUUACGCAGCUUAGAAGUGAUGAAUGAAAAUUUAGACCAACAAGUGUUUGUGUCUAUGAUUAGAAGCAAACUUCCCAGUGAAGUUCUUCUUCAACUUGAAAUACAAAAGAGUGCUGGUACUAAAUGGUGUAUUAAAACGUUACGGGAUUUGCUUCGUAAAUACAUAGUUUCUAGGGAAAAAUCUGACAAACCAAAAUCUCUGAAUGACUCGAGUCAGUAUGUGAAUAAACAAACAAAUCCUCAUACGAAUAGACAUACGAGCAUGUCAAAUCGUUAUAAAAGCCAACCACAGACAAACUAUUCUGAAGGAGCAUUAGUUGCGAAUGAGAAAAGGAAAGUUUUACUUCCAUCAGCGACGAUAUGCAGAUACUGUAGCAAAAAAUCACUGGAGUGA